GUUGGCCGGCCCCAGAAUGAGAGUUCCCAUGGUUCCAUCCAGACACUCGACGACCCAAUAACUCACAGCCCACCAAGCCUAGCACAGACACCGACUCUUCCUGCCAGUCACCGCCACUCAGACAGCUGUCUCCCCAUCUGCUCUUCAUAUCUCAUUCAUCAUCUCUCAGACCUUGUUUACUCUCCUUACCUGACCCUCAUCUCAGCUCGAAACCCCUCUGCAAUGUAAAAGGAUACGCCCUCGACGAGUGUUCGUUUCUCUCUACACCUCAAGUAAUAACACCUGGCCGUGUCCUUCUCUCACACCUUUACCGUCUCGACGACGACCGUUCCUUGCAGCAUUCCUCGUUGUCACCCGGCGACCCCCGCUGAUCUCUCUGAACCUCCCCCGCCCCCAGUACCUACAGCAUUGGACUCGACCACGUUCAACGCAAUUCCUAUAAUCCUUCUAUACCUCUGAGCCGUUGGUGGCUGUCAAGAUCCCAAGAGACCAUUGGACAUUCUCGCUGUCGAGUCUCGCCGUCAACCUCGGCCUGAAUUGUUGGACCUUUGUUGGUGGUGUCAUUGGACAAGUCAUACACCCACCACAACAACAAAGGAGGAACUUCUUUGACAACAAUACACACCCACUGAUCAUUCCACUGUCAAGUGAAAGCAUACUCGGUGGCAAGAGUGUACGGUUGCCUAUUGUCCAUUAGGCAUCGUUGAUCUCCACAGGCCUGACAACACCUUCAUUCUCCUGCCUUCAGCUUCGCCUACUUGACGACUUCUCUCUUAUCCCUUCAUAACGAUACCUACACUCUUUUUGGCCUCCUUGCCGGAACCAGUCCUGAUCUCCUCGACUAUGACUCAAUAACUCUACGCUCCCUACGCCUGUUGCUUGUUCGACUGAACAACGAGCCUCGAGGCUCUGCGUCAUCGUUCACAACCAAUUUCCUUUUGUUCCUAACGCUAUCGACGACCCUUAUCUAUUCUAUGAGCCUCUGAUCACACACGACGACUAGGAGUUCCGCGGUGUUGCUUUCUCUCUCUCUCACAUGACACGGAUGGUUGAAGCUGUGAACUUCUACGGCGGAUCUAUGCUUGGUGUCCUGGUCUCGUUACUCGACCUUGUCUUCUACAAUUGAGCACAGCUGCUCACGACAUAUCCUCAUACCUGUUCAUACUCUCUUGUACAGACUUCAACUGGACUAUAUCUCUCGUCUCUAUUCGGAACUCAAAAGUUCUUGUCAUUUGGGCCAGCAGAAGGAAAGGCUGUUGGGUCGCCUGAAGGGGUCUGUACACGUCACCCCACCUACAAGGCCAGCCAUGGAGUGCAUGAAAGAUGGUUUCCGCAAGGAUCAGAUUCUCGAUGGAAGAUUCCGUACCAUUGCCCCUCUCAAUCACGGGUCCUUUGGGAUGGUCUUCCUGGCGGAGGAUACUCACACUGGAGAAGAAGUGGCCAUUAAAUGCUUGACGAAGCCCACCGUUGCCAAUCAAACAUCCUCCGCAUUGACUCCCGAUGAGGGUGCGGAAGAACUGGCGUGCCAUGCAAUUCUCAAACAUCAUCCUCACUUGGUCAACCUCAUUCACCACUUCGACACGGAAGCCCAUACCUACCUGGUCUUGGAAUACUGUGCUCAAGGCGACCUGUACGAGGCCAUUCGACUUGACCGUGGACCUCUGCAGACUGAACAUGUUCGACGCUUCAUGUUGCAGCUCAUCAGUGCGGUGCAACACAUGCACGCCAAUGGGUUGUAUCAUCGAGACAUCAAACCGGAGAACAUCUUUCUCACUGAGGACGGCUCAAUGAAGCUUGGUGACUUUGGCUUGGCCACCAGAAGCCUUUGGUCCUACGAGUCUAGCGUUGGAAGUGACCGAUACAUGGCACCGGAACAGUAUGAUCCUACCAACAUUGGUUACUCUCCAGCAAAGGCCGACAUCUGGUCCAUUGGUAUCUGCCUGCUCAAUGUCUUGUUCGCCAGAAACCCCUUUGUGGUGCCUACCGAAUCUGAUGUGCUCUUUGCCGACUAUACUCGAGAUCGUCAAUCUUUAUUCGACAUUUUCCCCAGCAUGUCACAGGAUACGUUUGACAUCUUGUCGAUUGCUAUGGCCUUGGACCCUGCAAAGCGCGACCUCGGUGCUCUGAAACAAGCCAUCCUCCGUGCAGUGACUUUCACCACCGACGACGAGUCCUUUGAUGAAUUCUGCGCCGAAGAGCGCGAUGUGGUACGUGCAAGCGCCAAUCGCGAACCACUACGCACUCCUUCGAUCCAGAGCCCUCACAUGGAUGGCGAGUCGUUCCCUUGGGCCAAGGCGUUGCACUCUCCCAACCGAAAGCAGCAGCAACUGGCCUCAAUUCCGGAUACGUACGAAGAGGAUAUGUUCUCUGACAAGGGCCUCAAACUUGGUGAAUCAUGGUACUCUGGUCUUAACAACACCCCUUCAUUGGCAUCGGUUCUCGAUUCGGCAUAUGGCUCCUUCAAGUCACUGGCCAUCAAGCGUCCGAGUCAUCGUAACCCACCUCGACCCGACCCUGUUCCGAUCCCGAACUCCCUGCCCUCUCGUCCAUCUCGACCUAUCCCUACCAUGUCAUCAGUCUUUGGGAAGAAGGAUGAUACUGUGGCCAAGAGUUGGAGCGACAUGUUUGAAGAAGAUGAGGAAGAGUCGGAGCGUGAGGUGGAGUUGACGUUGAGACGUGGACAAAACAGUCGAAGCUGGAGUGAAGACAGCCACAAGCCGUUGCCUGUUCCUCAUGGUGUUCUCACCGAAUCCAGGUCAUCCAGCAACGCACGCCGUAGUCGGACGCCCAAGCCUCUCUCCCCGAUCAAGACGACCCACGGCUCCAAGGAGAACGAUCCCUUUGCGUGGCGUGUCCGCACCCCUCGACAAUCUCCCAACCAUGUAGCCGCCGACAAGUGGGCUGCACUGGGCAACAAGAGGCGUGGCUUCCAGUCCGAGUCUGACAACAACACCCAGCCUUGGAGCAGCAAGAAACGAUCUUUUACUACAGGGUCUCGCAAAAGACCAAUAUCGGGUCUUGGAUUCGAUCAUCAAACUUGUCAUGGACGUGAUAGCCGAAACAAGGCACGUCCGGCGUACUUGAAUCAGGAUUGGCGUCAGGCCAAGGUGGUCGACUCAUCGACGGAUGAAGAUGAGCAUGAGUGGGUUGGAGGUUGGCAUAACUUCCAUUUGUGAUUCUAUGAGCAUUACCUGUUUGCUGAGCUUUUGCUGAACUUUGUGUGGACCGGUCGACAUGAUUCAAAGGGGAUUUACUGGGCUUGUUUUUGUUGGUGGUUGUGGAAAAAGAAAACCCAAAAACACCACGUCUUUGCACAUACUCCGAAACUUCUACCCUCGCUUUUGUCUGGAUUGGGACCUUGACACUGAUGACUUUUAUGGGAUCUGCCCUGCUUGAGACGAGGUGUCAACGGAGUGUACCAACAGUGUUUUCAUCAGAAACUGGGGACAAAGGCAUUGGGGUUACCGUUGGGUGAAUGGAGUAUGUUGUGCUCGAAAACCGUUUUCUACAUUUCUACAUCAACAAGGACAGCAUUAUAGGAUUAGGAUUGGGGGUUUCGUUGAAGAUUCGGCGGGUUCACCACUUCGAGGUUUGGAGAAAGCGACAAAAAAGAGGCUGCGCUCUGCUGAAUUCACAUCAAUUCUCCUGGAGAUGGAUGACUUGCUUUUUGAGCUUGUCACCCAGCGGCGACAAAGUAGCUAGAUUGAUUACUUUAUAAUGCCAGCCAAAGACAAAGACCUGUUUGGCAUGGACAUGUUUUGAGAAUGGAGAAUCUUAACCCUCUCA